GCGUCUCCACCUUCAUCCCCACAUCGGCGACAGCAUCGACACGCCGCAGGCAGGUUACUUCGGCCUCUUCUCCUACUGCGUCGGCAACGCGCUCACCGGUGAGCUCAUCUGCAAGGGCAGCCCCCUCGACUUCGGCACCAUCCACUCCAGUGCCUUCAAAACUGCCAUGUUCUUCGUAGGCGUCUCCACCUUCCUCAUCAUUGGCACCAUCCUCUGCUUCAGUCUCUUCUUCUUCUGUAACGCGGCCACCGUCUAUAAAGUCUGUGCCUGGAUGCAGCUGGCAGCAGCUACUGGGCUGAUGAUUGGCUGCCUGAUCUACCCCGACGGCUGGGACUCGAGCGAGGUGAAACGCAUGUGCGGGGACAAGACAGACAAAUACACACUGGGCGCCUGCACCGUGCGCUGGGCAUACAUCCUCUGCAUCAUUGGCAUCCUUGAUGCUCUCAUACUGUCCUUCUUGGCCUUUGUGUUGGGGAACCGGCAGGACAACCUCCUCCCGUCUGAUUUCAAAGUGGAAGGUAAAAAAGAGGGAACCGAGUGACAGAGCUGAUCACUACGGACACCCAGAGCUCUUCUUCCAGCACCCCUUUACUUCAAAGUGACUUUUCUAGGAGGUUUAAACUUACCAACUUCUGUGGAUUUUCUACAACUGUUUUCUUCACCCAUGGGGCUGCUCUUGGCUCACAGCUCUCAUGGAGUUUAUUUGAUGGGAAGAGCCCAAACUAGGGUUUUUCCAAGUCCAUCAGCAAGAGGAAAGGGAUGUCAAUUUGCUGCUUUUUGCAGGGUUUGUACACCUUCUUUCAAGGAAAUUACUUAUGAAUAAAAAAAUACCA